AUGCUCGAUUUAACUAUGCGAUUCGCCGACACGCUCCGGUCCCUGGAGUUCCGUCCCGGCGCACGAAACUUAACGGAAUCUGAUGACGACAGGCUGACGUGCCACGGCAUCGCACGAAUCCUUGGACAGGCACCGAGGAUCGAAACCCUGACUCUGGUCAGUUGCGUGGAGUACAGCUGCCGGCUACUGGAUUCGCUACCCAUGCUCAAACUAGACUUCGAGAGGGUGCUGUUACCAGCCGUGCCACGUCAGCUCAAGUCGCUGAGUGUGCGCUCCGACCACUUUCUCUGCCCGGUGACGUGCGUAAACCCGCUCGCGCUCGCUGAAGGCGAUUCGGAAGCGUUCAAUGAGGAGGAGAUAGCUGAGAGGACUCAAUCUAGGAGAUCCGAUCUGGUGUGGGGUCAUGGUGACGCCACUCAAUUCCCCGAGCCGGGAUCGUCCACCCCCACUCCGCAAACCCCUCCGCCUCCGUGUGUUCCUGCGCUUACCCCUCCGCCACCCCCUCCUCCUCCGCCACCCCCUCCCCCUCCGCGUGUUCCUGCGCCAUCUCCACCCCCCUCUCCCCCUCCGCGUGCUCCUUCGCCCCCUCCGCCACCCCCUCCCCCUCCGCGUGUUCCUGCGCCUCCCCCUCCGCCACCCCCUCCCCCUCCGAGUGUUCCCGCGCCUCCUCCUCCCCGCUCUCCCCCUCCGCGUGUUCAUGCGGCCCCUCCUCCGCCACCCCCUCCCCCGCCAUGUGUUCAUGCGCUCCCUCCGCCCCCCCCUCCCCCGCCACGUGUUCAUGCGCCCCCUCCGCCCCCCUCUCCCCCUCCGCGUGUUCCUGCGCCCCCUCCUCCGCCACCCCCUCCCCCUCCGCGUGUUCAUGCGCCUCCUCCGCCACCCCCUCCCCUUCCGCGUGUUCCUCCACCCCCUCCGCCCCUCCCAUCCCCUCCGCGUUGUCCUCCACCUCCCCUGCCGCCUCCUAAUUGGAUCCCCCCCCCCCGCCGCGGCCUCCCCCGUUGUGCGCGCCCCAUCGGCAGCCCGACUUCCUCUCCGCCCGCCACCUGCUUUCAAUCGCCGCCGCGCUCCCUAAUCUCCCAAGCUUCCGCGCCUGACAGCCCUCGCGCUCUGCGCGGAUUCUGUCACCUGGGAGACGCUCUUUCGCUUCGCCUCCUCGCACUCCUCCCGUCGCUACAGCGCCUCUCUCUCGUGUCAUACCGCCUCGCGCCCCUUCCGGAGUACAAGCAGUGGGAGGCGGCACACGCAACGACAGAGCGCCGCGGAGUAGGACGGGCGAGGAGGUCAGCUGAUGCAGCUGAUAAUGCUGCGGCGGCUGUAGAGACAUCUCAAAAGUCAGCCGAUGCAGCCAAUGCAGCCGAUGCGGCGGCUGCUCUUCUGGCUCACCUCUCCUUGCUCGCCGAAGCACCCAAGGAUGCUGACAACCCUUUCUCAUGCGCGUUAGGCUCAGCUACCCCCCUGGUGCCGUGCCUCUCCUCCAUCCGUCUAUAUAUCACCCCCCAUCACUCCGUUCCCCCAUCACUCCGUUCCCCCAUCACUCCGUUCCCCCAUCACUCCGUUCCCCCAUCACUCCGUUCCCCCAUCACUCCGUUCCCCCAUCACUCUGUUCCCCCAUCACUCCGUUCCCCCAUCACUCCGUUCCCCCAUCAGUCCGUUCCCCCAUCACUCCGUUCCCCCAUCACUCCGUGGCCUGGGAUCUGCUUCCCGCCUCCUCCCUCCUGCUCGCCCUCUCUGCUAAAAGCUCUGGGUGGCUGUGAGAACGUGGGGCCAGUGGGGCUGCGCCAGCUGGCGAGGCGAUGCGGGCGGCUGGAGGUGCUGCGGCUGGCGCGGACGGCGGUGGACGAUGCUGCUAUCGUGGCGGCCCUGUUCGGCGACAGCUGGCGCGGCGGCAGCGUGGGUGGGGCAGUGAAUGCUGCUGUUGGCAGUGCUGUCGUUGAAAUUUCACCUGAGCGUACCCCUGAAAUUUCACCUGGACCCGAUGACGCUGCUACUGGUGCAGCAGGCAGUGCUCCUGAGCCUCCUCCUGAGAUUUCAUCUUCUCCUGACGCUGCUGCUGGUGUAGGCAGUGCUUCCGGCGCGCCACUGCAGCUGCAGCUGCCGCGGCUGGUUCUGCUGGACCUGUAUGGAUGCCCGGGGGUGUCGUCUACCCUCCUGGUCGCCCUCUCAGCAGUUGCCAGGGAACUUGCUGGCAACAGGGAGAAGAGCAGGGAAACUGGGUUGGCUGAAGUGGUGGCGGUGGAUGGGGGGUGUGAGGAGCAGGAGGAAAUUGCAGGCGAGGGUUUGGGGCAUGAGGAGGAAAGGAUGAGGUGGAGUGGGUGCUUUGGGCUGCAGGAUUUCAGGCUGCGGCGGCUGGUGGUUUCUCCUGGAGUGAUUGCUGGGGAUCGUCUUCUGCCCCUCUCUCACCGCUCUCCUGACCCUCCCUCAAUCCCCAUCCCGUCCUCUCUUUCCUACUCCAAUCCAUCCCUUUUCCGCCUCUCCCAUCCCUCCCUUGCCCUUCCUCCUCCUCUCUCCUUCCUUCCCUCCCCGCCUAUCUCCCCCUGUGUGCUUAAACCCGCCCUUCCCUCCAGUCCUCUCUCCUUCCUUCCCUUCCUGCCUGUCUCACCCUGUGUGCUUACACACGCCCUUCCCUCCAGUCCUCUCUCCUUCCUUCCCUCCCCGCCUUUCUCCCCCUGUGUGCUUAAACCCGCCCUUCCCUCCAUUCCUCUCUCCUUCCUUCCCUCCCCGCCUAUCUCCCCCUGUGUGCUUAAACCCGCCCUUCUCUCUUUCCCCUUCCUCCCCGGCCCGUCUCCCCCUCUGCUCAUGAACCCACCCUUCCAUCCCCACCUCUCUCCAUCCUUCCCCCCUCGCCUAUUGCCCCCUCUGCCCUGUCACCGCCCUUCCCCCCCCCCUCUUCCUUCCUUCCUUCCCCCCAUCUUUCCGUCCUUCCUUCCCCCCCUCUUUCCGUCCUUCCUUUCCCCCCUCUUUCCGUCCUUCCUUCCCCCCUCUUUCAGUCCUUCCUUCCCCCCUCUUUCCGUCCUUCCUUCCCCCUCUUUCCGUCCUUCCUUCCCCCUCUUUCCGUCCUUCCUUUCCCCUCUCCAAGCCCCUCUGCCCUUUUGCCACACUUCCCUCCCCACCUCUCUCCUUCCCUCCCUCCCUGUCCCUGUCUAUAUCCCCUCUGCCUUUGUCCCUCCUACCUAUGGUAUGUCCCGUCCUCGUUUCCCUUUCUGCAUCCUACAUGACAUCACAACCCUUUCUGCCUCACUCCUCCCGCCCCUCUCUGCCCCUCUCCACUUUUCCGCCUCUCUCGUCUCCUCCCAUCCCUGCUCAGUCCUGCACCACACCCUCUGUUUCCCCUUUUCCCUCUUCACCGUUUUACCGCCUGCGUUAUAG